AUAGGACUCCCCACCCCCUCUCCGCUUCCUCGCCCCGACUCCCACCUGUCGUCCCAAUCUCUCACCCCUACGCCGGGGACCCCCUUCUCUCGCCGCCCCGCCGCCCCGCGAGUUCCUUCGCCGCUUUCGCUGCCGCCCCGCCGGUCGUCUAACGCCGCCUCGUCACCGUCGCGAACCUCCACCCCUGCUCCGUCUCCGACCUCCACGCCUGCUCCGUCCCCGACAUCGACACCGUAUCCCGCCUCACCCAUCUGCCACCUCAACCGCCGGGAGCGCCUCCCUUGCCGUCCUCCACUGCCCCUCCGCUACCUCAUCCGCCAAUAGCGAGAAGGACCUGUUCGUUGGGUACUGCCAUCGAUGGAGAGCAGUGAACCACUCCAGGAUAUAAUGUGUGAGUUCCGUGCUGGUAAGAUGUCUCUUGAGGGAACACGGGUGGUCCCAGACACACGCAAGGGGCUUGUUCGUAUUGGAAAGGGUGAAGAAGGCUUGAUUCAUUUUCAGUGGCUUGACCGUGGACAAAACAUAGUUGAAGAUGAUCAAAUUGUCUUCCCUGAUGAGGCUGUCUUUGAGAAGGUAACAGAAUCUUCUGGAAGGGUGUACAUCUUGAAGUUCAGGCAUGAUAGCAGGAAAUUCUUCCUAUGGAUGCAGGAGACAAAUGCUGAUGGGGACUCGCAAAUAUGCCGCCAAGUUAAUGCCUACAUAAAUCGGCCCUUGGAUGGCGAUGCAAUUUCUAUUGAGGCAGAAAUGUCACACGAGGAUACAGCUGAUGAUGACAUCUCUUCCAGAGCUGGGAAUUUAGUUGAUCAGAGCAUGACCGCUGAUAUGGCUGGUGAAGUGACUUCUGCCGCUGGACCUGUACGACUGGCUGACCUUCAGAGAAUAUUGAGUUCUAUACAACCAUCUGAUGCUACGGCAGAUCCUGAUGCUGGUAAGUGGCAUUCUGAAUCAAUGUGCUUUUGUCUAUUGGCCUGCUUUCUGUUUCAUUAUGUUGGCUUGCUGGUGACAGGAUUGAGACUAGGAGACAUCUUGAAGCCCGAUUUGAUAUUGCCACUAAUUGAAACUUUGCCCAUCGAACAGUUGGCAUCACAUCUUCCAGAGGGUUCUUGGACUGCCGGUGAUAUUCUUGAGCUGCUGCAAAGUCCUCCUUUGCGACAGCAACUGGAUGCUUUUACUCAUGUGCUGCAGACUGGCCAAAUAGAUCUUGCUCAAUUUGGAGUGGACCCUAGCAAGUAUAAGUUCACAGUUGCCUCAUUCCUGGAGGCAUUGGAAGACUCCGUGGCAAAAGCUUCUACAGAUGGAGGCAAUGAUUCAAAGGCCAAGAAAGAUGGUGGAAAUGAUCCCAUGGACGAGAGUUGAUUGCACAGCGCACCUAGGGGUGUAGCCUUUAUCUGAGUUGCUCAUGCCGUCAUGCGCGGUGGAACUUGUCAUGUUAGCAAAUCUGAUGGCACACAAAGCAAAGGACGUUUUAUUUUGUCACCCCCUCAAAAUCUAGAUGCUAUUUUGCUGUGAAUUUUUAGAUACUAUCAGUCGCUUCCAUAUGUCCCAGUUGAUUCCAUGUCGUGACUCGAGUAUUCUGAUGAAAAAUGCUUCCAUAGGUUCCAGUUGGUACAAUUGCGUGACAUGGAUAUAUUUUGAAAAUUGCUUCUGAAGUUCUAGCUGGCGCUGUUGCGUGACAUGAAUAUAUAUUCGUAUCAUUUAUAUUC